AUGACUCGUUUCCAUGAUAUUCCUGAAUCCACUUCAGCGGCUACAACCACACCUACAACCACAUCUUCAACCAAACCUACAACCACACCAACAACCACAUCUACAACCAAACCUACAACCACAUCUACAACCAUACCUACAACCACUCCUACAACCACAUCUACCACCAAAUCUACAACUGCACCAACAACCACACCAACAACCACACCAACAACCAUACCUACAACCACACCAACAACAACAUCUACAACCAAACCUACAACCACAUCUACAACCAUACCUACAACCAAACCUACAACCACUCCUACAACCACAUCAACAACCAAACCUACAACCAAACCUACAACCAAACCUACAACCAAACCUACAACCAUACCUACAACCACAUCUACAACCACAUCUACAACCACAUCAACAACCAAACCUACAACCAAACCUACAACCAAACCUACAACCACACCUACAACCACAUCUACAACCACAUCAACAACCAAACCUACAACCACACCUACAACCACACCAACAACCACAUCUACAACAACAUCUAUCACCACAUCUACAACCACACCUACAACCAAACCUACAACCACAUCUACAACCACACCUACAACCACAUCUACAACCAUACCUACAACCACAUCUAUAACCAAACCUACAACCAAACCUACAACCACAUCUACAACCAAACCUACAACCACUUCUACAACCACACCUACAACCACGUCUACAACCACAUCUACAACCAUACCUACAACCAAACCUACAACCACAUCUACAACCACAUCUACAACCAAACCUACAACCACACCUACAACCAAACCUACAACCACAUCUACAACCACAUCUACAACCAAACCUACAACCACAUCUACAACCAAACCUACAACCACACCUACAACCAUACCUACAACCAAACCUACAACCACAUCUACAACCAUACCUACAACCACAUCGACAACCAAACCUACAACCAUACCUACAACCACACCUACAACCAUACCUACAACCACAUUUACAACCACACCUACAACCACACCUACAACCACAUCUACAACCAAACCUACAACCACACCUACAACCACAUCAACAACCAUACCUACAACCACAUCUACGACCAUACCUACAACCAAACCUACAACCACACCUACAACAAAACCUACAACCAAACCUACAACCACAUCUACAACCAAACCUACAACCAAACCUACAACAACAUCUACAACCACAUCUACAACCACAUCUAUAACCGCAUCUACAACAAAACCUACAACCAAACCUACAACCAAACCUACAACCAAACCUACACCCACAUCUACAACAACAUCUACAACCACACCUACAACCAAACCUACAACCAUACCUACAGCCACACCUACAACCAAACCUACAACCACACCUACAACCAAACCUACAACCACACACACAACCACAUCUACAACCACAUCUACAGCCACAUCUACAACCACAUCUACAACUAUACCUACAACCACAUCUACAACCAAACCUACAUCCAAACCUACAACCACAUCUACAACCACAUCGACAACCAAACCUACAACCAAACCUACAACCACAUAUACAACCACACCUACAACCAUAUCUACAACCAAACCUACAACCAAACAUACAACUAAAUCAACAACCACAUCUACAACAACAUCUACAACAACAUCUACAGCAACAUCUACAACCAAACCUACAACCAAACCUACAACCACACCUACAACCACAUCUACAACCAAACCUACAACUAAAUCAACAAGAACAUCUACAACCAAACCUACAACCACACCUACAACUACACCUACAACCACACCUACAACCACAUCUACAACAUCUACAACCAAACCUACAACCACAUCUACAACCACACCUACAACCACACCUACAACCACAUCUACAACAUCUACAACCAAACCUACAACCACAUCUACAACCAAACCUACAACCACAUCUACAACUACACCUACAACCACACCUACAACCACAUCUACAACAUCUACAACCACACCAACAGCCACAUCUACAACCACACCUACAACCAAACCUACAACCAAACCUACAACCAAACCUACAACCACAUCUACAACCAAACCUACAACCAUACCUACAACCUCAUCUACAACCACACCUACAACCACAUUUACAACAUCUACAACCAAACCUACAACCACAACAACCACAUCUACAACCACACCUACAACCACAUCUACAACAUCUACAACCAAACCUACAACCACAUCUACAACCACAUCUACAACCACACCUACAACCAAACCUACAACCACACCUACAACCACAUCUACCAAAUGCGCACAAUCUACAAUCUACAAACUACAACCACACCUACAACCACAUCUACAACAUCUACAACCAAACCUACAACCACAUCUACAACCACCACAACCAACCACAACCUACACACCCAACAAACCUACAACCACACCUACAACCACAUCUAACAACCAAACUACAACACACUACAAACCACACCACAAAACACUACAAACACAACCAAACUACACAUCUACAAAACCACCACCAAUACAACACAUCUACAACCACAACUACAAACCACAACACCUACAACACAACACCUACAACCCAUCACAAUUAACAACCUACAACCAACACCACACAACACACUACAACAAACCUACACACAACCACCACAACCAAACCUACAACCACACUACAACCAACACACCAAACCAACACUCAACAACCACAUCUACAACCAACACUACAACCACACCUAACACACCACACCCUACAACCACAUCUACACCCAACACCACACCUACACAACCAAACACAACCAACCACAACCAUACAAACCAAACCACACACACCACCUACAACCACAUCAACAACCACAUCACACACACCACAUCACAACACCCAUAUCUACCAAACACAUCUACAAACCAACCUACAACCACAUCUACAACUAUCUACAACCAAACAUACAACCACAUCUGA